AUGGCGGAUACACCAAGAAGCCAAAAAGUGCUUUCGCACCAUAAUUCUGUUAAAAGCUUGCAUUCGCUUAGAAGCCAGAAGAGUUUACGAUCAAUGCGAAGCCAAAAAAGUACCCAAAGUAUUCGAAUAUUUAAUCAUCAGCAUGAUUCCUAUCAAACCUGUUUCGGAUGUAUGCACGUGAAGAUUGCCACGUGCGCAAUUGGAUUUUUCGCGCUCCUCGGCGUUUGCUUAACAUUAAUGUAUUGCGUAUUCACAUCGCAGGAACAGCGUCGGCCCAACAUGAAAUUGUAUGCGAUUCCCAUGAUCGUGGUUAUCAUCGCAUUAUUAUACAUGUUCGUUGGAAUAUUACAGCAAAAGGCGCACUUGCUAUUUGCAUUCAUCGCGUUACAGAUUUGCUUGGUUUUCAGCAUUGCCAUUUUAGUCGUAAUUAUCUUGAUAUCCGUGGCAUGUAAUACUACUUACAUUCUUCGCUACUUUGUUGACGUCAAUGCUUCUCAAUCAGACUACACGAAAUCGUCGCUGAUUGCCCUUUGCGGUUUGAUGUGCCAACUUGGCAUCCAAACAUGGGCGUUGCGAAGUGUUUGCGGCUGUUUUCGAUAUUUCACAGAUCUCAAGAAGUUCGAAGUACGGCAAGCUCAAACCAAUUACGUCUAA